AUGAGGUAUUAUAUCGCAAGCGCAAACGAGUAUCUCGUCAUCACCGGUGCCGGUAUUCCAGAUCUUCGCAUCUGCAAGAAGGCACUGGUGUACCCAUGGCAGAAGAUCUCGCGCAUCUCGGUCACGCCCUUUGACUUUUCUCUGAAUCUUCAGGCCAUGACAGUCGAGAAGCUACAGUUUGCUCUCCCAGCUGUGUUCACUAUUGGUCCCGAUAACGAGCUUGACGCUUUGAAGAAGUAUGCUCUCUUGCUAUCUGGGAAUGCAGAUGGAACCAGUGAACACAAGUAUGAAGUCAAUCAGCCAGCUCGACGCAAUCAUGUACAGGAUAUCGUCAAGGGUAUUAUCGAGGGCGAGACCCGUGUCAUUGUGUCUAGUAUGACCAUGGAGGAGAUCUUCAAGGAGCGCCAAAUCUUCAAGGCUAAGGUCAUUGAGAAUGUUCAAAACGAACUGCAGCAAUUCGGUCUACGAAUCUACAAUGCCAACGUCAAAGAAUUACAAGACACCCCCGGAAGCGAAUACUUCGCCUUCCUCAGCCGCAAAGCCCACGAAGGUGCGCUGAACCAAGCCAAAAUUGACGUCGCCGAAGCCCGCAUGCGUGGCGAAAUCGGUGAAGCCGAGAAAAAGGGCCGCACAAAGCAAGAAAUCUCCAAAAUCGACGCCGAGACCGCGGUGCUCGAAACCAAACGUAAAGCUGAAAAGGCAAAAGCCGAUUCGGAACUGACGAGUCGUCAGAUUGAGCUUGAGCGGGACAUUCGGAUGGCGAAGAUUUCGGCGGAGCGUCAGACUGAGAUGAGAGAUGCGGAGUUGCGGAAGAAUGUUGAGUCGAAGAGGGCGGAGACGGAGUUGGAGCGCUUGCGUGCUACGGAUGUUACCAAGAGCAAGAUUGCGCGCGAGGCGGCGCAGGAAAAAGCUGAUGCCGCGUUUUAUACGGAGCAGAAAGCUGCUGAUGCUUCGUUUUAUAAGAAGAAGAUGGAAUCUGAUGCAUACUACUACCGCCAAAGGCGUGAAGCAGAAGCCAUCCAAGAGACAGCCAAAGCCUACAAAUCUAUGGUCGACACCCUCGGCGGACCACAGGGCUUCUUGCAGCUCAAGAUGAUCGAAACCGGCAUGUACGAGCGUCUGGCCCAGGCCAACGCAACCGCUGUCAGCGGCAUGCAACCCAAGAUUACUACCUGGAACACCGGUUCUUCAGCCGGCGAAGCAGACUCUACUGCAUCUAUUCGAAAUAUCAUGCAGUCCUUACCCCCGCUGUUGAGCACUAUUCACGAACAAACUGGAAUCGCGCCUCCUACCUGGUUUGCGCAGAUGCCACAGGCUGAAGCUAACGGUGCUCUUGUUGCUCCAAAGAAGGUCAACGGUAACUGA